AUGAGCGUGGGGCUGGGGGGGGGUGGGUCCAGGAAGGAGUGGGGGGGAGGGGUGCUGGUGGUGUGUGGGGGGGGGCGUGGUGAUGGUGCAGGGGAGGCGAUGGGUGAGUGGGAGGGGGGUGGUGGGUGGGUGGGUAGGGGAGUGAGGGGGGCGCGUCGGGUCUGGCUGGGGGGAAGCCCCCGUGGGGGUGUGUGGUGGGGGGGGACCGUUGGAGAGGUGUGGAUGGAGGUGAGAUGUGAGUGA